AUGGAAGCGAGUACUUGUACUUCUCAGUUCAAGAUAAUUUUGGGAUCAUCAUCAAUACCGUGUCAAAAAAUAUUAGCUGAGAUGGGAUAUGAAUUCACAAUUAUGUUUGCAGAUAUUGAUGAAAAAUGCAUCCGAAAGGAAAAGCCAGAGGACUUGGUUAUGGCUCUUGCUGAGGCUAAGGCAGAAGCCAUCUUACAAAGACUCCCCAUUGGUGAAUAUGUAAAGGAUGUUAAGCCAACAUUGUUAAUUACUUGUGACCAAGUGGUGGUCUAUGAAGGAGUGAUAAGGGAAAAACCAUCCAGUAAAGAAGAAGCACUGUAGUUUUGGAAAGACUAUUCUGGGGGACACGCAGCAACGGUGGGAUCAGUGCUUGUGACAAACCUUAAGACCGGAUUCAGAAAAAGAGAAUGGGACUGAGGGGAGGUCUAUUUCCAUACAAUACCAGAUGAGAUCAUUGAGAAACUGAUUAAGGAGGGGACUGUGCUUUAUGUUGCUGGGGGACUGAUCAUAGAGCAUCCUUUGAUACUGCCCUUCAUAAAACAAGUGGUUGGGACAAUCGACAGUGUGAUGGGACUCCCCAAAGCUCUCACUGAAAAACUUAUAAAGGUGGCCCUCGAGCUGCUGCAACCAUUUCAAUCUUCAAGUCCUAUUCGGUAUUUUUGCCCAAUUGACACGGUUUAUUAUCCUUUCCUGUUAUUUGGCCUCUGAUCCUGUUUCGUCAAACUUCAAAAUUGAUUGCUCCAGUUCAUUUGGGAUUAAGGCUUGUUGUUGAUUCUCCACUUC